AAGCGCGGGAAAACUUAGGAUAUCAACAACAUUGCUAGGUAAACCUUCAUGAUCCAGGAUGUCCCAUCACGAAGCCCACCUAACGGAGUCGUGUCUGCUCAACCAACCUCAGGUCCUACUCAAACGAUCGUUUGGUGCGGAUCUAACCCUCGGCCUCGCCAAAUCCCCGCAAAGACCGCCCAAAACGUCGCGUCCAGACUCGCGAUCGGACUCGGAUUCAGAACCAGGUCCUGGAGGUCACUUCACAUUCUAUGCUCAAGCCACUGAAUCCCCGACUAAGAUCCAUAUCAAACGGCUUAAAAUGUCAAAAGAAAAUCGCCGUCCGUCCAGGCGUUGUUUUUUAGCCACGCCCAAAUUGUCGGUUCUGCCGGAGGUGAGCACUCUUCAUCAAGAAAGCCGGUCUGUGGGCCAACCGCCCACUCAUUCACGGGCCAAUGGCACAAUAGACAUUCACAUCACACCAAAAAAGAGAGGAAGACCACCGAAAAAUACGCCUGUUAAGACACCGAAACCCAAGAGCUCUACCUCGCCAACUGUGAAAAUCCCUAAAACACGAACUCCAUGUAAGACUCCCAAAAACGAGACCUUGGCUAUGGAGACUAAAAUGUCUACACCAAGAAGAACAUCCCAAAGAAAUGUGGCAUCCACUCCAAAGUCUCAGACCAGAAGUGGUCUCCGAACCACCCCGAGGGUCAAGACUACGCCCAUGAAAACCAUUCGAACGCCUAGCAGAGCGAAAAAAUCCCUUAAGUACACUAACGACGGCUUGUCAAGGCAUGAGAGUGAAAGCGAUGAAGACGACGAGCCGAGCGAUAUUGAUUUAGAUGAUGAUAUCGAAGACGAAGAUUUUGAUCCAAGAAAAGUUGAGACACGUAAAAUGGCCAAAUGGUCAGAUAGCGAAGAUGAUUUUGAUACCCCUCGAAAACGUGAUAAGCGUCGCGCUUUCAUCAACCAGACUCCAGUUGCGAAAACCCCGAAGUCGAUCAGAAAGCGCAUUAUGACCCCCAAAAUGCCCAAAAGAGCGAUUUCCCUCUCCAGUGAUCUCUCGCCUAUCCAAGAGGCUCAAAUUCGUUUACACGUGUCGGCUGUGCCGGAUUCCUUGCCUUGCCGUGAAAAUGAGUUUGCCGAAAUUUUUAGCUUUACCGAGGCCAAGAUACAGGAAGGAACGGGAGGUUGCAUGUACAUAAGCGGAUGGCCUGGUACGGGCAAAACUGCCACGGUUAUGGAAGUGGUCCGUACAUUGGAGUCGGCAGUCGCUCAAGGCGAAUUGGAAGAUUUUCGAUUUAUCGAGCUUAAUGCCAUGCGUCUCACCGAGCCUAAUCAAGCGUACGUUCAAUUGUGGAAGAAACUCACGGGUGAGAGGGUAACAUCGGAUCACGCCAUGGCCCUUCUAGAACGCCGGUUCUCGGGUGAAAACCGCCAAACAACUGUCCUACUCAUUGAUGAAUUGGACAUGCUGUGUAACAGGAGACAAUCUGUGCUGUACAAUCUCUUUGAUUGGCCAACCCGAUCCUCAUCCAAAUUAGUUGUACUUGCCAUAGCCAAUGCCAUGGAUCUCCCGGAACGAGUAAUGAUUAAUCGGGUGUCCUCCAGAUUGGGCCUCACGCGGCUCACUUUCUCACCUUACACAUUUCAACAACUUCAGGAGAUCGUGUCCACGAGAUUGGCUGGACUCAAAAUAUUUGAUAAGAAUGCAUUGCAGAUUGUCUCGAGGAAAGUGGCAUCCCUAUCUGGAGAUGCUCGGAGAGCGCUAGACAUUUGUCGCAGAGCCACAGAGAUUGCACAACGCGAUUCCAAUACGAACUCCUCGGUGUUGGUUGAAAUUUCACACGUCUUGGCAGCCCAUGAAGAGAUGUUCUGCUCACCCAAGAUUGUGGCCAUCCGAUCGUGUUCCACGUAUGAAAAAAUGUUCCUGCGAGGGAUAGUUCAAGCCUUUCAGAAGAGCGGUUUGGAAGAGACCCAAUUUGAGCGCGUUUUUCUAAACUUGAGGGAACAACUCAAUUACGAGAAUCUUCCCAUGAUCAAUGUAACUCAAGCGUAUGCCAUUGCCAAUCGAUUGGGAGCUUGUAAACUGGUGAUUAGUGAGCCCGGAAGACUCGGAAUACACUUGAGAAUCCGACUGAAUGUCUCUCAAGACGACGUUGUCUUUGCGCUAGACUCUGGAAAGGUCAAGGAUAACUAACAUGAUCUGUUCAGACUGCAUUUGACGUUAUAUGCUCCACAAGAAUGCAUUUAUAACUGUACCAUAAAAAUGAGACAAAUAUAUAAACUAAUAAUCUUAACAACUAAAGCAGAUUCGCUCUCCUGGUACGGGGGGGGUAAUUCGCCUGAAACUAAUUCUUCUCGAAAUUUAAGACUGUUGAAUUCUUUUUGACAGGUCGGGAUUUUCAGUUGCAUUCCUCGCUUUGAAUGUCAUUGAUGCCCGUUUCUAAUUUAUCCUCGGGUGAGAAUGACCUCAAUUUUCUGGAGAUGUCAAUCCUAAGGAAAGUUUUUCUAAGGUGAAAUAGGUCCUUGAGAGGUUUAAGUCCACAUAUGAACGAUUCAUCACCUUUGGGCAACCACGUUAUUAUACUAGUUAAGAAUUGGAUUUAAUCGUGUUGUAGGAUUCGCCUUCACCACCACGCCACCAAUCAAGAUCUCCUACAAAAGCAGUUCUUUCUCAAAACCAGUAGCGUGCAUGGACCUACAUUAUCAAAUACUUGAAACAUUUGACUUUGCACGAUACACAAGCGUUAAAGUCUGAUGAAAUAUAUGAGCUUUUACCUUCGCACAAUUGCUUCGAGCCUAUUCCAAGUUAUUCUUAAUUCGA